CCGCGGCCCCGAUCCUGCCCCGGGGGCCGAGCCGGGCUGGCCCCUCCUCCGGCUCGGCCUCCCGCGGGGCGGCGGGCCCCGAGCGCAGAGCGGCGGCGGCGGGGCGCUGCCGGAGCCCGCUCCGCCGGGCCAUGGCCAGCACCGGCUCCGCGCCCGGGAGCGCGGGCCCGGGCUCGGGCCCCGGCUCGGGCACGACGCUGCCCACCCGCUUGCAGGAGACCGAGAAGCUGCUGUCGGCGACAGAGGGCCGGGAGGAAAAGGGCCUCCGCGCCUCCAAAUCCUUCACGGCAGCCUUGCCCGGCGAGACGGAGCGCAACGGGCACGGGCUCGGCUACAAGUCGGUGUCGGUCGGGCACCUGGAGGCGCCGCCGCUGUCGCCGUCCCGGCUGAGCCUGGGCAGAGCCUCCUCCACGGCCACCAGCACGGCGGCCCCGGAGCAGGGCCGCCCGCGGGACUACCUGGUGCUCGCCAUCUUCUCCUGCUUCUGCCCCGUCUGGCCCCUCAACAUCGUGGGCCUCGUCUUCUCCAUCAUGUCGAGGAACAGCGGCCAGCAAGGGGACACGGACGGCGCGCGGCGGCUCGGACGCAUGGCCAGGCUGCUCAGCAUCGUCUCCAUCGUGCUGGGGACCAUCAUCAUCGUGCUCUACAUCGCACUCAGCGUCAGAGUUUCCUAGAAGAYGUUUCAGCAUGCAAAAUACCUUGAAGAGGAGGAAGACAACUUUCCUUUUGGGGUUUUUACUUUCAGCCUUGCAACAAAACAAAAAAUUGUCACAGUGUAGGUGGGCAGCCCUAGACAGCCUGCUCUGGAGCGCCGUCGGAGGGAACGCAUGCUUCAAUUCACCGCCUCUUGGGAAUGAAUGAGCCUGUUGGAGGGAUGKGAUAAAAAUCGCCAGGAGAAGGGAUGGGAGAGGCCACGUGGAGAGGAGAAGGGGGAAAUCCACUACCUCAUUCCCCUCCAGCAGAACUCACGGAGCGGGGAGACAACUAAAAGGGCGAGAGGAGGAGAGAGUCUGGAGAGCGAAGCUUGUUUCGGAAGGGAAACGYGAGGAGAGAACGGGACGUUUUGAGGAGUCCUCCUAAGGAUUUUGGCACGAGUCACUGGAUUUUCUGGGGGGUUGUUGGUUUUUAAAUCGUCAAAUUCUCUGUGUCUACAAAAAAAUUUAAAAAAAAACAACAAAACAACAAACAGCAAAACAAAACAAAGCUCAAACUGCCAUCGGGAGCUGAGAGCUGUUCUACAGAGGAGGAGGAGGAGGAGGAGGAGGAGGAGGAGGAGGAGGAAGGAGAGCAGAGCUGCAGCAGGACCACGGCUCUGCUCCGAAUGAAACGCAGCCGCCGAAGCUGGAAGAUGUGGUGGGUGCUUUUGUAUUUUUGAUGAAAAAAAAAAAAAAAAGAGACAAUGACCAUUUGCAUGCCUUUGGGAAUGUUCUCCAUGUCUGUUCCUACAAGCUCUUUUAUCACUUAGGGCAGAUCCCAGAGCUGGCAGAGCAGGAUGAUGUUGCUGCAUGAGAACCCCGGGCUCCUCCUCACCCCCAUCCCAAGGAAGGCAAAAUCGGGCUCUCCCUGUGAACCCACACCUUUGUCUGUGCACCCAGAGGGAGGGGAGCACCCCUGGCACCGAGAUGAGAGCCUGGUCAAUGCCCAGCAGCAGUGCCAGGGCAUGGAGAGCCCGUGGCACCCCCUGACCCCCCGAUGUCGCGGCACAGAGGCUCCAGCGUGACCCAGCCCCCAGCGYGACCCUUUGGGGCUUCAGCUUAGGGCCUUCCAGCAGAUUUUCAGGGCUGUGGAGGAGUUUUAGACCCCCUGCUCCUCUCCUUGCACCCCUCACCCAGCUCUCCUAUGGCUCUGAAAAUCUCCGGCGUCCCCAGAGCCGCCUGGGGUUGGUUCUGCGAGUUGUUGCGUUAUUUUUUAACCUUUUCUAUCACCAUAACGAGAACACCGACUUUGCUCCUCCCACUCUGUAGGUACCGCAGGCCCUGCCACGUCUUCCACCCCAUUCCCGUGGGAUCCCAUCCCCACACAAACCCUGGGGAGCUCCUGGGCUUGGCCCUCUCCCCGCCCUCCCAGACUAUGCAAAGUCCCUCUGCCUGCUGUUUUUAGUCAGRCUCGGGGACUUCUGGCCACGUCCAUUGGCUCCCUGUCUCCCGAGCUCCUCGAUCCAAAUUUUGGGGACACACAACCAAGAGCUUCCCUUCCUGGCCUUUCUGUCAUCUCCAGCUGCGACCCAAAGCCACGGACUGGCUGAGAAACGGGGUCCUUCAGGGCACUGMUGCUCCCUGACACCCUGAAAAACAYCCCAAACUCAGACCAAAUUCCAUSCUUCCCGGGGCUUGUCUACAUGGAGAAUCCACCAGACACUGUAGGAAACUUCACAGCGUGGUACCUGCACUGAGCUCUGAGUGGGGUGAGCACAGGGUAGGGGUGAACUGCAAAUCCACACUGGGGUUACUCUGAGUGCAAAGCCAGGCAUUGCUGUGAAAAUUCUCUCAUCACCUUUCUGAUUGCUCCUCUUUAAAGUGGGUUUUUCCCCCCAGAUGUUCUUUAAACCCAGAGGGUGAGGAUGCCAAAUGCCCCAGACACGCUGUCAGUGUUUCUCUCUCCACUCAAAGGGCUUCCAGGGGCUCACAGCAAUAGCACAGCACUUUGUGGGGCUCCAUUCCCACCCAGCCUCUGCCAGCGCUUCAUCACAAACCUCUGGUGUCUAAAAUGGACCAAAUCUGCAGCUUUUCUUGUCCAAUUUGGCUUUUGUGAGUUCAGCAAGCAGGCUCUGCUGAGCACUGCUGGCUGGGAGCUCCCACUUCCAUCCUCUACCCAGGCAUCUCUUCCUCCUGAGCCCUCCAGGAACCAUCCCUUGGAUGUCCAAACUUCCAUCUUCUGGCUGUUGAAAUCCCAUCACAUCCCCCAGAUAUUUCCUUCUUUAACUCUUGGACCCAGAAGCCACUUGCUGGGGAGCAUGUGGGGUUUUUUUGGAGCUAUAAUGGGGCAGUGCCUGCCUKUCCCUGCAUUUCCUGCCCUUUGCCCCUGGAGCUGCUGGAAUUCAGCUGAUGGGAAGAGCCCAGGAAGCUCCUCCUUGGCAGGAAGGGCCCUUUUUUUUCAGGGAAAAGCGCUGCAGGGAGUUCUAGGACUUGAGAGUGCUGAGUGUUUAUUAAGUAAGAAUUUAAUUUCUCUUUUAUCAUUGCACAAAGCCUUUCAUCURAAGUGCUUCCCUGCAUCCCAAGGAUCAAACCCUGCCACCCCCCCACGAGCUGGAUUCACAUUAUUGCUCUAAUUGCAGGAAUGGAAAAAGCUCCCAAAUCGACCCUUUUUUCUGCCUCUUCCCUGAGAGAACCAUGCAUGAGCACAGAUUUCCUUGGAAUCUGUUUUUUCCAAAGGGAUCUGGACAAACUGAACCCCAGUGUGGUUCUGAAUGGGAUUCCUGCAGCCAGAGGAGGGAAGGGCUCUGUGAGGCAGAAGAAAUGCCAGGUCAGGGUGGCACAGAGCAGUGAGGGCAUCAGGACUCCCCUGGAUGCAGAAGAUUUCCCCCAAAACCCCACAGUGGUGAUUUGUUGUGUUUGCCCAAACGGGGUUUGUGCCUCCUGUCUCAUUGGACAGCUCGGGUGACGCUUCUCACCUCAUUAUUAAUAUAAUAAAAACCAAAAUAUUCAAUCCCUUCCAUUCUAAAACCUUCCUUGAACUCAGAUUUUCUCUUAUCCUGCAUUUAAAUCCAGAGGAAAGCCUCUGCUGUUAUCCCUGACAAAAGAAAAAAAAAACUUCUUCUGCUGUCCAGGGCUGGAGGAAUGAACUCUCCAGGGACAUCCAGAAAAUCCCUUCUCGCCCAUCAGCUUCUCCCCACAUUUUGCAGCCUUUUCUGCAAAGGUUUUGCCAWUUGCUCUCUCCAUCCCCACCAAGCAGCCCUGGUCCUUAUCCCGAGCUCUCUGCCACCUGCUGCAGCCUCCUCCGAGCACACACGUCAGAGUUUUCCGUGUUUGGAACAAAACCAGUCACGAAAUCCUCGGGSUCUGGCCAACAUCUCCCCCCCAGGUGAAGGAAAGGUGAGAGCACGGUGUCUACCUGACAGGAGAGCUGAGCUGGUGGGAGGAGAGCUCGCUGAUGGGAUGGAGAAGGUGGGAAAUGCCUCUAAAUGUGAGCUGGAGUAGGAGUGACGAUCGACAAGUGUGAGGUCCUGGUGGGAUAUAAAUACACGGAUUGCGCUGCUGGGGAAGGAGCUCCGAGCAGAACACGGGGCUGGGGGCACCUCCCUGAUGCUGCUGCUGUCCCUGGGCUGCUUGGCCAGGAUUUGGGGCAGAGCUGGGCCCUGUGGGGUGGCACAGAAGGGCCCUUGCUGGGUGCAUCAAGGCUGGGUUGAAGCUUUAAGCUGAAGCAGCAGCGAACCAGCGCAGUUUUGUAGCAGCUCCUCGUGGGAUGCGGUGACCGAGGGUCAGCAAAGGUCUGGCACGACUCAGUGGGGUCACAGCGACACGCUGGGGGCUGCUGCAGGGACCAAAGGCACCUGGGCACGAGGGGAGCAAAGAAGGGCACGAGGGGAGCAAAGAAAGCCACGGAAGAAGUUCAAAGUUUGCUGUCUUAAGGAUGGGUUUGCUUUUUCUGCUCGAGAUUUCAACCCGGUCCAGUUUACCCCGCUCUCACUUCUGUCCCCUCAGCUUUGCCACUCCCAGAGCAUCCCUGAGUCCCACAGCUCUCCCCUCGCACUUUGUGCCCCUCCUUUAGCCCGGACAGGUCUGCUUGCAGUGAUCUCUCCUCUCUGGGCUCCCCGCAGCUCCAGCCCGCGCUUCCCGACCUUCCUUCCCCGCACAGAUUCUCCAUGUAGACAAGGGGAGCAGAUCCUGCCUUUUCUAUAAAAUUCAAUCUCCUUUUCCAUCUCUCCCGAGCCCAGGCAGAGGCUGCAGAAAGGCGCCCACUGGGCUGGCCCCACCCUCGCUUUGUUAAUCGUCACACAACCACAGCCGGGGUCGCGCUGUCAAAGCCGAAAUAAUUCCGAUUUAAGCUCGUUUUUCCUUUCAGUAUACACCCUUUGAUAUUUUUUUUUUUGGUAAAAACCAGUUCGGUUUGGACUGAAAAACUCCCCUGCUUGGCCGCGAGCCAAGGGGGUGCGGAGAGGGGGGGAAAAGCAGCCUUUUCAAAGCGGGAAUAUUUGUAAGGCAUUUGCUGACACCGGUAGGUAGCAAAAUCCCAAACCUAUAAAUAAAUACCCAUCCAGGAUAAGAAACGUCAGAAAGGGAACGUGUGCAGGAUUCACCAAGGCAACCCUGAUACCACCUGGGAGCCCUUUUUGGAAGGUGCCAGGGCUCGAUCCUGGGCACGGAAGGGCAGGGWCCGUCCCCCCACUGGGAGAGCCGCAGUUCACACACAGCAUGAACACACCAGGAAUUGCAGCUGGGUGCUUCUCUUUGCUGACAAAUGUUUCUUUUUUCUGCAGGAUGGAAUGGUAUAUCUUAUAUACUUUCUUUGUUAUUUCUUGGCAUGAGAAAAAAAAAAAUUAAAAUGUAACAUGCAUGGUCAAAGCUGAACUGGUUUCUUCUGUCUAAAUGAGCAAAAAA